AAGACAAGUAUGAAGAAUAUUUUUCUCCUUUUAUGUUUAUUAUAUAUAUACGAAAACGUUCUGGCAAUUAUGACCGAAAAACAAAUUGAGGCUACCAAAAAAUUAAUUAGAAAUACUUGCAUAAAUAAGCAGGGAGUAGCUCCUGAAAAAGUAGAUGGGAUGUAUAAGGGAGAGUUCGACUUUUCAGAUAAAAAUUCAAUGUGUUAUAUGCAUUGUGUUUUGAAAACCUAUAAAUUGAUAAAAAAAGACAACACAUUUGACUGGGAAGAAGGUAUAAAUGUUAUGCAGACUAUCGCUCCUCCUAAUAUUGCUACACCCGUUAUUGAAAGUAUUAAAAACUGUAAAAAUGCAGUUAAGACGGACAAUAAAUGUACAGCUGCUCUUGAAAUCGCCAAGUGUUUAUAUGAUGACGAUCCUGAACAUUAUAUCUUACCCUGAACGAACACCAGCUGUUGAGGAUCUUCACAAUACGAUGUCACGUGUAUUUUGUGUAAUUUUAGCAUAUAUGAAUAUCUCAAAACAAAUUAUUGUGUGUUGGGUUAAUUAUAUUAAAUGGUAAAAUUUAUAACUUUUUAUUCACAACGUCAAUUGAUAUUAGUUGAAAAUUAUUUUCUUUAAAUGUAUACUGGUAAAGUAACAUUACUAUUUAGUAACUCGGUUAAUACUAGCUUUUUUAGAAGCACGAUUUGAAAAAAUCAAUUUUUUUAAAUAUCUAAAGCUAGACCCUUAAGAAUAUGUCCUUGAACUGAUUUUUAAAAAUUCAGACACUUUUUCAUCUUUUCUCCUAUAUGAGAUCUUAGUUUCUUUUAUCCUAUCCUUUUAUCCCAUCACAAUACACAAUACAACCACAAUAUGUGGCAAUCUUCAGUAGAUUUGAAUGAGAGCUGAAGCAUGUCUAAAUAGUACACAUUUGUCAACCUUUCUCUUCUAUUUUUCCACCGCUUUAUUUUUAAUAGGAAAUAUGCAAUACGUAACAAUCAUUAAAAAGGUAUGGAGUAUCAUCCCUUAAAAAUGAAACGUAACUUCUAUAGUCUGCUAAUAUGUAAUUUCUUCUGUCACAUAAAAAGUAAAUUGAAGCAAUUUUUAAAAAAACAAUAAGAUUAUUAAUGGUGGUAUGACAAAAAUUACCUGAAAAGUAAGAAGAAUAAAACAUUUUGAAUUAAUGAAUUAGACGUUCAAAUGGUAGAUUUUCAUACAAAUUGUAGAAUCAUUUUUUGAAAGUUGCUACGUCCACUGUUUCAGUCCUAAUUCUAUUUUUAUAGUUAUUUUUUUAUUAACUAAGAUGAAAACCAUAGAUGUUUCAAUUUCAAGAUGUCUGACACUUUUAAGUUAUAGCUUGCAAAAGCAUUGAAAAAAAUCGUUGACGAUCAUUAUGUCUAAAUAUAAGAUAAAACACUUUAUCAAAGAAUAGUUUUUAAUCAUAUAUUUUCCAUUUCGCUCAAUGACCUUUUGGCAUCUUUCUUUGAGCUUCAUGAUUUUACGCUCAUAAAAUUUCUGGUCCUUAUAAGCAAAAUACUGAACCAGAUACGAUUGAAGGUCUUCAUUUGUGAAAGUUUAAUCAUUCAAAGAAUUCUGCAAAUUUCGAAAUAAUUGGUAAUCAGAUGGUGCCAGAUCAGGGCUGUUGUUGCCAAAGAUAUGGGAGGCCUUGUUUCCUCCAGUAUCAUUAAUUGUUGAUAGUAAACAUCAGAAUUGGUCGGUUGGUUCCUUAGAAGCAGCUCAGAAAACACAACACAUUUUUAAUUCCACCAAACUGACAGCUUAAGCUUUUUUUGUUGUUUUUCAUCUUUUGAUGUAGUUUGUGCUGGUUCAUCGUGAUUUCCCCAUGAUCGUUUUCGAACUAUGUUACUGUACAGGACCGAUUUUUCAUCACCAGUGAUGAUUCUUCUCAAGAAAGGGUCGGUUUCUCUUUGUUUAAGGUGCAUAACACAAAUGUUGAUUAUUUGGGUUAAACGAAUUUCUUUCAGUUCGUGAGGUACCAAAUAUCAAGUUUCUUAACUAGCCCAAGACAUUUUAAGUUAAUUUCAAAUGUUUUGUGCGAUACAUGUAUCACUUUCGCAACCUUUCGAAUAGUUAUCAUCAACUUCAGUAGGCCGACCAGAACGCUGCUCAUUUUUGAGGGAAAAAUGUCCAGAACCGAAUUUUUCACAUCAAUUUUGACACUGCGUUAAGUAAUCAGCACCAUAAACUUCCCAUAUUUCUUUGAGAGCCGCAGCAACUUUAUUUCCUUUACGAAAAUAAAAAAGUGAGAGAUGCCGAAAAUGUUCAUUUCUGCACUCUGUUUGAAAUUAACUCACAACUAAUAGCUUUAAUAAAAAUCACGCUCUAUUUAUUUCUUAAGUUACGUCAAUGUGACCAGUAUCACGUGGCAAAAGGCAAAGUACACUAGCAUAAAUUAUUCGAAAAAUAAAGUAAAGCUCUCUAUCAGUAAAAAGCGAAGCCUUUAUAAUGAUGUGCCACACAUUGUAUAUUUAAAUAUAAUCAGAGAACUAAAAGGGGGAUGAUAAUGACAUUUAAGGUCUAGAAAUUUGAAAAAAUCGAUUUUUUUUAUACAUGAUCCUAAUGGAGACCCCGCAUCAUAGUUAAUUGACUCCAAGAGUUCUUUAGACACUUGAAGUUGCAUUAACAUAUCAAAUUACGUACUUUUUUUUAUAUCGAUUUGAUUGUAACGACCAUACAUAUAAUUAUUUAUAGCCUUUUGUACAAUAGGAUUUUAGUAUUUAAAAGCGUUCGGUAAACAGAUACGAGGUUUUUAAUAGUCUGGCAUUCGUCGAGUAUGGUCGUCGGAUUAUUGAAACCAGUGUUAACUAAUUAUUUUAUUUUAUUGUUUAAUAAAUAGUUUAUUCCAACGUA